GGAUAGCUUUGCUGGAGCCAGACCCUAGUACCGAAAUUAGCCUCUCUUUUCUCUUCGCGGCUGGGAGAUGGGGCACUUCUAGCGUCUCUUUUUUUGUUUAUUUUGUGCUUGGGAGACGAUCCGUGGGCGCUGUUCUCAGGGGGGGAUGUAUCUCACAGUGCAUCUGUUUUUUUCUCUUAUUUUUCCAUCUUUUUUUUUUCUUCUUCUCUUAUGAUUGAAUGGGGGGGCCUUGGGAUGCAGUUGAUGCGCUGUCAAGUCUGUACUGCAUGCUUUUGACGGUGGAGACUUGUGUGUGUGUGUCUCACAGCAAGAUGGCUGUAUUCACUUGCUUUGCUUCGAGUCCAGUAAGGCUGUUGAGAGAGAGGCAACACAAUAGAUAGCAGCUGCUUUUGUGUUACAGAUGGUCACAAGCAGUAAAACAGCGAAUCCAGAUGUUACCUCGUCUCUACAAGGUAGGCUAUAAUUUGAUAUGUUAAUCUUUAUCUAAGAUGUAGGUCCUCAGUGGGCUAAAGAGAUUUGCAAACUAGCGCCCAUCUUCUACUUUUGGCGUCAUCCCCAUCUCGCUUCACCCGCAGCGGCAUCUCCAUCCAAAAGAAGAAGAAAACGACACACCUGUUCGCAUUGGCCAAAAAAAAAAAAUGCAAGACACAAGAAUGAAACUUUUUUUUUUUUGUCUCAGAGAUGCGUUUUCACCCUGUGAAAGCGAGGAGUGAUGUGCAGUAUGCAGUAUGUAUGCAAGCGACAUGGUUUAUCCAAGACAAUGUCGCAGUUGCAAGCAGUGCGAGAAUGUAUUGGAGUACUUGUACAUACAGGCAUUUUCGAAUCUCUUCGUUUUAGAAGAUUUUUAUUUCGGCCGAGUUGGCGAUUUUGAACCAUCUGGACACGGAUUACUCCGGAAUGCCAUUGGAAGCGUAUCUUGGUUUCACAUGACCAGGAAAACACACUCCCGCAUCAAGCUGAAUGGAAUCAUGACGUCUUUUCCAUUUUCAACGUUUGCUCUUUGGUUUGGUUGUUCGCUGCCUAGCAUGGACGCGUUUACACCUAUACGCAACACUCGAGCCUACGCCACCACCGACACAUCACCAUUUCCCGAUGUAGAGCAGUUACGCGUAAAAAAAACAAGUAAGGUAGUAAGUACUAUUGCUACCACCAAAAAUCUCCACCUACGUUUUAUCUUUGUACCUAUAUCUUACAAGCACGGAUAUGCACUGUAAGCCUCUUGCGUAAAUCGACAAGUAAAAGACAGACCAAGAAAAAACAAGGAACAAAGAGUCAAGGUUGCCUGCUAGGCAGGACAAAGAGACAAACCCGGAAGGCAUCUGCAUCGCCUUCUCCGGGCAGCGACAAGGGGCCUGUAAUACGGAAUAAUAUGCCUAUUUCGCUUGCAUAAAAACAAAGAAACAGGACCCUUGUCGCUUUUUAUUCUUUUCCAUCUAGUGCUAGUAUUUCAUCUUCAGGUCGUUUUAUCAGACAGAGCUCGUAUAUGUGACAGUAC